AUGCGGGUCGCGAUAAUAGGCGCAGGUCCUUCCGGGCUCGUGACACUGAAGUAUCUAUUAGCUGCAGAGAAGACUUUAGGAACGAAAGCUAUCGAAGCCCGCCUCUUCGAGUCUGAGACGGGCGUUGGCGGCACGUUCCUGGCGAGGACAUAUGAAGAUGCCGAGCUGGUCUCAUCGAGGCAACUCACCUGCUUCUCUGAUUUUCGAUGUAGGCAUGACGAGCCGGAUUUCAUUAGUGCGAAACGCUACGUCGAAUACCUUAACGAGUACUGUACACACUUCAAGUUAUGGCCUCACAUUACCUUUUCGAGUAUAGUGAAGAACAUCGAGGGUCGAGAAGAGGGCGGGCAUGCCGUGACGUAUUUAUACGGGGGUCGGCAGCAAACCUGGGAAUGCGAUGCAGUAGCUGUUUGCUCUGGAUUGCAUGUUAACCCUAGCAUCCCCGAAGUCAGAGGGAUCGAGAAAGUACCGGUGGUGCUUCAUUCAUCUCGGCUGAAGAGGAGAGAGCAGUUCGGAGUGGGAAAGACAGUGCUUAUAUUGGGCAGUGGCGAGACCGGAGCCGACGUUUCUCUACUUGCUGUAACUUCACCGACGAAGCGAGUGGUGCUAUGCCAUAGAAACGGUUUUCAUCUCGCCCCAAAGAGGAACCCAAAUCCAAGACUAAUAUUUGCGCGACGGCGAAAUCCCCUAGAUCGCCCCCAAGUGCCUAUCGAUGUCUCUCGAGCGAGCCUUUUCGACACGAUAUACGUACACCCCUGGCUGAGGAACAGCAACCUCCUAUGGACGUACUACGACUAUUACGUUAGGUGGAUUCUUUGGACUUCGUGGGGUACCACACACGGCACAGACCAAUGGGUCGGGGGGAAGCCCAAGGGAUGGUCUACUUCUGAGAUCCAGACGCCAAAUACACUAGAAUCUACCCAAGGGAGGCAAAUAGACCUUGCGCCUUGGCCGGAGCGCAUAUAUGAGAAUGGUGCUGUUGAAUUCAGGAACAAUGGACGGCCCGAGUACGCGCGGAUAAGAAAGGAGGUCAUCAAGCCGGACAUAGUGGUAUUCUGCACGGGCUACACGCACGAAUUCCCCUUCCUUGGAAAGGAUAGAUGCAAUCCUCAAUAUUACCGUGACAAAUUGGUGCGUGAUAUUUGGCCGCGAGAUGACCCUUCUAUUGGGUUUAUUGGAUUUGUGCGACCUAAUCUAGGCGCUAUCCCGCCUCUCACCGAAUUCCAGGCGCAGCUGUGGGUGCUCAACCUCCUAUCACCUGAUCGAGUAGCCGGCGCCCCUUUACUUCCCGAGGAUGAAGCGCACUACCGACUGAUAUCUAAGACGGACUCCCGAAUCCGAUACGGUGUUGACCACGAGAGUUAUGCGUAUCAGCUCGCUCUAGACAUGGGCUCGGCGCCAUCAUUCGGAGAUAUCAUGCGCCUCGGUUUCUCCGGGGUCAAUGACGUCAACGGUAAAAGUGGCUGCUGGUAUAAACUACCUCUUACUUGGGCGCUCGGUGCCAACUUCAACACCAAGUUUAGGCUCGUCGGACCAUGGAAAUGGGGUGGCGCGCUAGAGGUGAUGAUUACCGAAUUUUGGGACACCGUAGCGCGUAGGCAGAUGUUUUUCGGCCAUUUCACCGUCUCAAUCGCCCCGAUGAUGAUAUUUGGACCGGUUAGUCUUCUCGUUUAUCUAUAUGCGUCGUUAUGUCGGUUUCUUCAGGAAAUAUGAUAGAUUCAAAAAGAUGGUGUAAAGGUUUACGUUCCAAGGAGCUGCUUGGGAACUAGGUACCUAGGUAGUAGAUAAAAAU